GCCAAAAUAUCAGUGUGGUGAGGACAACCGGGUGCUCGGGAAUGAAUGCAGAUCAAGGUCAACGCAUCACAUGAAGGCCAAACGUCUGCCAGGCCCAUAUUAUGAUUCCGAAUUGCAAUAGCUUCCCCGUGAGGGCCCCACGGACAGUCUGAAAUUGUAAACAGUUUCGCUUAACGUGAUCACACCGCGGCCCUCUCCUCGUGUCCUUGAUUCGAAUUCUUUUUUUCCAUCCCAUUUUAAACCGUUCUCUCUUCUGUGGAUCGUCUCAAAGUCCCUCUUGUCCCUCAACCUUUGUAUUCACAUGCCUAAUAGAGCCGACCCCGGCCAUUCUCCCUCAGACGAUAAAUCAGACUUCAAAGCUGACCUUGACGACGAUCCUACAGCCCCCAUGUCUGAUAUUGCUCUCCGAAAAAAGAAAAAUGCCGAUGCUCAAGCUGCCUUUCGUCAGAGGCGAGCAAACUAUAUAGCAACUCUAGAAGAAACAGUCACCAGUCUCGAGUCUGUCGUCCUCCAGCUUCAAGAUUCAUGUCGCGAAGCGCGAUCUGAAUCCGGGGAUUUACGACAAGACAAUGCCCGCCUUAGACAUGAAUUGCGCGAACGUGAGAAGUUCUGGAGAGCCCUUUGGCAGACGAGGAAGACAGGACAGGCUCCUGAAUCCGACGACUUGCCCCCGCUCCCUUCAUCUUUCACUCCUCAUUCUCAACAAACCAACAUCAACAAUCGUACCCCCUCGUCGCAUGGUCAUUAUAGUGAUGAUAGCAUGGGAUACCAGACAGGCGACGACACGUCCAAUUCCCUCUGCAGCAGCUCGUAUACCAGCGCGCCAAAUCACUCAUACGCGACUCAGUCUCCUGCACUUUCUUACACCGCCGUGGAGACCGAGCAGAUACCCUCCGGUGGAUCUGGCCACCAUAUGAACGCCCGAGUAUCAAGAUAUAGUUCAUACCCGUAUCCAAUGCAACCCAUCAACCGGGACGGACAAUGGACUCACAAUGUGGCGCAAACUACGUCUGCAAAUGGCUCUCCUACCUUGACAUCACCUGAUGUAUAUGCAAACCGCCCUUUUGAAGAGCAGAAGAAUCAGCUCAAUCACUUAGAAACAACCCCGUAUAUCUUUCCCGGUAGCCGUUCCAUCUCUCCUACGUCAUCCACUCCCCCGUCCUCGUCUAGCACCUCCUUGACGUCACCAUUCCAAUUCACGUUCCCUGCUGAUGGCCCGAUCACUCAAGAUCGUGCAGAAUUUGAUUAUCGCAGGCACUCCAAUACCCACGGUGCUGAUUUAACCUUACACGGUGGCACUGCAGAUAUUUCGCUUCCAAGCGCGGGUGGCGACGGCGUCCGUUACAGACUUGGGCCUCGUCGCGCGAAUUCCGGUCCAACGAGAACGGCUCUCAUCACGAGCGGGGGAGCUAGCGAAGGCGAGGCUACCCCCUAUUCGAAACUCCGACAACGUAGAGGACGUUCUCGGGAGUCGAGGUCACCCUCCCCUGGUGCACCUCCAAUCUCGGGUACGCUGGCGGUCAUUAAAGCUCAGGCUUUCGGAGCACUCCGUCGAACUCGUACCAGGACCAAAAAAUCUUCUGAAGGGGCGGCUAAGGUUGCUAUGGAAGUUCUCGAGGCCAGGGGCAUCGGAAUGGGCGUAGCGGCUGGCUCGAAACGUCCCCGCCUUCACCAUGACGAUUCCGACAUGCAAACAUGA